AUGUGGAAGGCUUUGGCUUGCGGUCUGUUGGCCGCUCAAGGUGCAGCUGCGCUGCGCUUCGGCAUGUAUAUUGAUCAAUAUCAUACCGUCGAUCUCCCAGGGAGUGAUCAGACAGGUGGUAUUGACCAUGCGAUCAUGGCAUUUGCUCCUACCAGCAUCUUCAACUCCGAUUCCACGCCCUCAUUCACGCCAUUUGAGUCUGUGGACACAAUGCGGAAGCGUUUUGGCCCGAACACCAAACUCAUGAUUGCCAUUGGGGGCUGGGGAGAUACUGCUGGUUUCUCGGACGGAGCGAAGGAUGACGCCUCGCGCAAGCGCUUUGCAAAGAACGUGGCCGCGAUGCUGGAUGCGAACAAGUUCGAUGGCGUUGACAUUGAUUGGGAAUACCCUGGUGGUAAUGGCCAGGACUACAAGCAAGUUCCCAACUCCGCCAAAGUUGGCGAGAUCGAGACCUACCCCAAGUUUCUAGCGGCCAUCCGCGAGGCUAUCGGUGACAAGAUUCUGUCAAUCGCUACCCCUGGUCGUCUUCAGGACUUCAUCGCCUUCACCAAACAGCAAGGACCGGAGAUCUUCAAAUCCGUGGACAUGGUCAAUGUCAUGACUUACGAUCUGAUGAACCGUCGUGACAAUGUCACCGCUCAUCAAACUGACGUCGAGGGCUCUUUGAAAACCAUUCAGGCGUAUCUUGACAUCGGUGCUCCCCCAGAGAAGCUCAAUCUCGGUUUCGCCUAUUACGCAAAGUGGUUCACCACCGACCCCAACUCUGACUGCAAAGAGCACCCUAUCGGUUGCCACGUCGUCAAGCUGGAGAAUGAUGAUGGUAGUGACAACGGUAAGAGCGGUGCUUUCACUUUCGAGAAGGGAAACAUGGCUGCUCCCCCUUCCAAUCUGAAAGCUUCUUCCAAUGGCAAGUGUGGAUAUUCUGAGGGCUCCAAGUGUCCCAAUGGAUCAUGCUGCAGUCAAUAUGGCAACUGCGGCACCGGUGAUGACUUCUGCAUGGCUGGCUGCCAGUCCGAUUACGGUACUUGCAAGGGUAUUUCUAUCACUGAUUCCUGGCGCCGAGCGGUCAAGGACGGCAUGACCGAUGAGAAGGCUGGCGGCCAGUACUACUGGGACGAGACCACCAAUCUCUUCUGGACUUGGGAUACCCCAGAACUAAUCACUCGCAAGUUUGCUGAUAUCGUCAAGGCCAAGAACCUCGGCGGAGUGAUGGCAUGGUCGCUGGGCGAAGAUACCUACAAGUUCGAGCAUCUCAAAGCCAUGCAGGACGGUGUGGCAGCAGCAUAG